AUGUGCAUCUUGUGUUCGAGUGAGCCAGUGGAAAACGAUGUGCGCAAGAACAACCCCGGGGCAUUUCAUGUGGGCAUGAUGCAGGCCCCCGGUGCCGAUCCUUUGUGUUGUUUGGGUUCGUGUCUCUGUCCCUGUUGUGCACAAGUCAUUAUCCGUCGAAAGGCGCUUAAUUAUGAUAUGAGCAAUUACACGUGCUGUCAGGGUUACAUGGAUGGCAUUGUGCCCUGUGUACGCUCUGGUCGCUGCGGCGAGUCCAGUUGUCCCAAUGGCUGCUUGUGUCUUGAGGCUUUCUGUUGCAAUGGCUGUGCAGUUUCUGCCACGCGUAUGAUGGUCAUGGACCGUUAUCGUCUGCAGCCAGACAAGUGGGACAAUCGCAUUAUCCGAUGUAACAAUUGUAUCCAGUUGGCCAGCUGCAUUUGCAAUCUACUCUCGAUUUGUAUCUCGGAGCUCAGUGAAUGCGCCGACAUCUUGAACUGCAUCGCGCAGUGCACGUACGCCUCUACGCAGGGCUGUAUGACCGCUCAAGUGAACGUAGAGCUUCGUGAGCGUGAGAAGGCCUUUGAAGUGCCAGAUCAGACCAUGGACCGCGUCUAA